UUUAACUGCGUGAGUCGUCGAUCUGACGGUGGUCGUGAAGUGCGUUUAUUCUUUCUUGUUUCCUUUCCUCGUCUAUCGUAUUAUUAUUAUUAUUUUUCAUAAUUCUUUUUAUUUUAACUUAUGGUGCGUCGGUGGUUUUUACAGUAGCUUUUGACAAUGCUUCGAUUAGAUUUUAUAAUCAAAAUUAUGAAAUAACGUCGUCAUGUUUACCAUUUAUUAAUUUUACGCGGUUGUUUGUUACCUUUUUACUCUUGAAAUUGAAAAUAAAGACUGCGUUAUCGAAGUUUUUCCAAGUGCAGUGUUGUUUAUGUACUCACCUACCCAUGCAUACGUGAAUUAUCCAAGAGUUACCUUCCAAGAGAUUUCAUUCAAAAAAACACGAAUAAUGACGAUGGAUUCUGUACCGUCUAGUAUCAAAUUAUCGGAUUCGCCUAAAAAGACGAAACAUGUCAAGAAAGUUUUGUUCGGAGCCAUAGAAAAGUAUCCAUUUUCCCCGAUGACUGUGAUAAAACAAGAGGUCCUGGAUGAGCCUGCUCUACCGGCCGAUUCUAUGCAAAAAGUGCCUUCUCUCAGUGAUCUGUCAGAUCCGGAUAGCUCUCUGGAUAUGCCAACACAAGUGCUACCGCUUACCCCAGGUACCAAUAAAAAGAUGACUGAAGCUUUAAAAGCCAGUUUCGCCUCCUGGGAAAAAGAACAAAUUAGACUGAAUAUUACCAAAGAUCCAAGGCAGUGGACGGAGACGCAAGUUACUCAUUGGCUGCAUUGGGCUAUACGGGAAUUUUCUUUAGAAGGUGUUCCUAUGAAUCAAUUUUAUAUGAGAGGUAAAGACAUGUGCGCCAUGGGUAAAGAAGCAUUCCUUGCCAGAGCUCCUCCGUUUAUGGGUGAUAUUUUAUGGGAACAUUUAGAAAUUUUACAAAAAGAUGUCGAAAAAGAAAAAUCCGGCUCACUUGAAAGUGUAUCUGCUAGUCUAUACGAUUCCAUAAGUGUUCCCGAUCUAAGCGAAUAUUUAGGAGAUUACGCUUCCAGCAACGCCGGUACGCCUAAUUCGGAAACAUCGUCGACCAGCAGCAACACCACAGCCACUGGCAAAUCACACACCAGCAAUACCAAUACCAAUACCAGCAAAAAUAGUGAUAGUAAUCAAGUCUCUUCCACCACCAAAAGUAGUCAUUCCAUUAGCUCGAAUGGUGUCGUUAUAUCCGAAGGUGGUUACAGUCAUGGACGAAGUUCCACAUGUGGCAAUGGCGAUGUCGUUAAAGUCGAAAAUGGGUCUCCUUCACCAGCUCACCAUGCAUCUUCCACAUCCGGUUUUAUAAAUAUCCGAGAACCUAUAUAUUUGAUUAAAGAUGGAUCUGGUAACGGAUUUUCUCAUUCGUUACGAGAAUCAUCGCUAACCAAUCACGGCCACGCAGGUCCUGGCGGAGGCGGCGGAGGAGCGGAUGAUACGAAUUAUUCGUCGCAUCAGAAUCCCUACACGGAUACGGACUCCGAAUACCAUUCUUUAGAUAAUCCGGCCCACCAGCAAACAUCCCCUUAUAUGGAAAGUUCACCGGAAUUUUACUCGGGUCCGCAACAUUCGAAUUUAGAUAAUUUGAAAUUUCAACAAUUUGGAAAAAAUUACAGAACAGGAAGUAGAUACUCUCACGCCGUAGACCCAUAUUCAGACGGUUACAAUUCACCAUACGAUAGCUCACCAUUUCAAACAGUACCGAAUGUGCCACCAGCAGACCAUUGGCAGUCAAAUAAUCCUUCAAAUAAUCACACCGAUUUACAACACAUGCCUCAUCCGGCUUUCUUACACGCUACCCGUAAUGAUGUUAUUCCUUAUACGAUGAACGGCGAUACCAAAUCACUCCUGCAGCCAGGAAUGAUCCCUGGAUAUUCAGGCGGAGCGUCGUGUUUUACUGGUUCAGGCCCUAUUCAAUUAUGGCAAUUUUUAUUAGAAUUAUUAACUGAUAAAUCUUGCCAAGGGUUCAUCUCGUGGACAGGAGAUGGAUGGGAGUUCAAAUUAACCGAUCCGGAUGAGGUCGCUAGACGCUGGGGAGUGAGAAAAAAUAAACCGAAAAUGAACUAUGAAAAAUUAAGUCGAGGAUUAAGGUAUUACUACGAUAAAAACAUCAUCCACAAGACGGCCGGCAAAAGAUACGUGUACCGUUUUGUAUGCGACCUGCAAGCAUUACUUAAUUGUACCCCCGAACAAAUCCACGAAUACGUAGAUUUAAAACCAGAUAAAAAGGAAGACGAUUAAACACUCAUUCAAUCCAUUUUCCAUCAAUAGGUAUACUACUUUGUCGUUGAAAAAAAAAAAACGAAGAAAAUGUCGAAUAAAACCGAUUUAAACCAAAAAAAAAAAAAGAAAAAAAGUUCUUUAAUAAGAAUGUAAAUUAACACGAAAAAUUACCUUGUACAUAACGAAAUUUUUUAUAAGUGUGUAUUUUAAGUAUUUUCCAUUUUUAUUAUUUACUACAUGUAUUAUUAGUCUUGAUGAAAGUCGAAAUUUCGAAGAAGUAUACCUAUUUCCAUUCUGCUUGUGGAUCCUUUUACCUGAAAACUUUCACCAAAAUUACAUUAAUUUUUAAUGUAUCGCAGAGACCUGAAAAAAAAUCAAAGGUAAAGGAAAAAGGUAUAUUUCUUGGAAGUUUGUAAUUAAUUUGGCAUAGAUCUCAAAGCGUGUUGUUAAGCAAUAAAUUUACUGCGCUGAGCAAUUUGAAAUGUUCUCUUUUCAAAAUUCGAUUCGAUGUUAAGUUUAAUUAGUUUUUAUUUCGAAUACGUGAUACAUUAAUGGAUACUUUUUCAAAGUGCCUUAUCACUUGGUGUGUUAUUGUUAUGUUUUUUUUGUCUUUUAUUUUUUUAAAUCCUUUUUUUCCUGAGCAGUUAUCGUAGGUGGCGAAGUAAACGAACAAAUAUGUAUAACUUUUUAUUAUUACUUAUGUUUUUUUUUUUUAAAUGAACGUCUCAGGCACUAGUCGAUGUAUAUUUCGAUACCUGUUAAGUUAAUUAAAAAUUUGCCGAGCUUAGAAGUGCUGUAAUAAAAGUUAUUCCCCUUUCCCCUUCAUACUCUCCUUUGCCGGUUCGAUAUAAAAUGUGUAUUAUGUGUGUUUCGUUUUGCCUCUUAUUGUUUUUAUUAUUUAAAAAAAAAAAUCAAUAACUAAUUAGGGCAUUUAAUAGUGAUUAAUGUAUUUUUUAAAUUUUGUUUUCGAGUGUUUUUUUCUAGUAUUAUGUACGAUGAAAGAUCCAUUUAAGAUGGAUCCGUAUUAACACCUUAAAUUUUUUUUAUUAUUAAUGAAAAACGCAUUUUUUUUUCGUCUUCCUUAACUUAUACAUAAUAGGUUACCUAGAUGUAAGGAAAUUUUUCUCCAAUGUCACAUUAUUAUUGAAUCGCAUUGUGAUGUUUUUUUUUCUUCUAGAAAGAGUCGUAUUGUAUACGUAAAUCCAGUGAAACAGGGUAUAGUUGUCAAUUACGUGUAUUACUUUUUUGUAUUACCAUUUUGUAUUCUUGUUUUUUUUUCUUUCUUUUUAUUUGUUUAUGUUAUGAUUGAUACGCAGUCGAACGACGUAUGAAACAAUCAUUAUUUUGUAGCAAAGAUCAAGUUGUUAGAAAGUAUUACUUUCUUUUUUUUUUUUUUGUACAUGUUCAUGUUAAUACUGUUAAAUUAUGUUUUACAUACACGUGUACACGUGGAUCCUUCAAAGGUUUACACGUGUGCGGGUAUUUCUUUUUUUUCAUACCUUUAUCAUUCACUUUGUAAAUGUCAUAUUCAAAUAUAUUGAAAAUAUUA